UAUACAUAGUUUGUCAUGGAAUAUAAGUGAGAUAUUUAUUUCGUAGAGUCAUUCAUCUAUAUUCCUUCAUAGAGGAAACAUUUCAUCCGAAAAUGAAGUUGGUGGCGUUAUUAUUAUUUUGCUUAGUGGCGACGGUGUUGACAUCACCAAUUCCAGGCCAAUAUUCUGACUCCGAAAAUGUGCAAGUACUGAAGUAUGAAAAUGAAUACAUCGCACCUGGAAAACACCGCUACAGUUUUGGGCAAUCUGAUGGAACACAGCAGGAGCAAGAAGGAGAAUUAAAGAACGCAGGCACUGAAGACGAAAUCUAUGUAGUAAGAGGCAGCUUCUCGUGGGUGGGACCUGACGGAGUGAAGUACACAGUGCACUACGUAGCUGAUGAAAACGGUUACCAGCCAGAACUGAAAAAAGAGGGCAGAUCAAUCCUACCUGCUGUAUCUAGAGCCUCUAGUCUAGAAACACCGAUCGGAAAAAGGCCUGGAUCAGACUUGUUUCCUAUAUUGACGUCUGUUUUAGGAUAAAUGAAACAUAACAGUUGUUACCACCUAACCUAAUUAUUUAUAGUAUUGCUCACGACUCCGUCUGUGUAAAUUACUUUAUCUGAUGUAGAAGUCCGACUAAAUACCUACUUUUCCAGGACAUAAAGUAGCAAAUCCAAGAUGUAACCAAUCUGUCUACCAAAUUCCUUCUAAAUCUAUUGAGCAGUUUCUGACUUCUUCAUUCUUUUGUAUGAAACGGUUAAAUAUUAUCAGUAAUUUUUCGGAAUUUGCCAAUAAAUUAUGUGCAUUCCAUUUUUUUUUAUCAACCAUUAUAAUUCAUAAGUUUUUUUCUAGACAAUUAUGUUGAAAAUAUAGAUUUUCUUGUUUAUGAUCCUGUUUAAAGCAUAAUGUUUUAUAAAUACUAAGAAUAUAAAUAAAAUUGUCUAAAAUAAAUUACUUA